AUGGCUUCAGUAGCAAGGAGCAUUCGUCCCUCCAUCCGCCCUUCCACCCUCCGGUCACCGCUCCGCCAGCGGUUUGUCUCCAGACCAUGUUGGCGAAGUCUCUCGUCCGCGCAGCCGCUGAGGCAAACAACAACCGGCGAACCCCAUGACCUCACCGGCGCCAUCCCAACCCCCAUCUCUCACAUGUCCGAGACCGAAGUCAUGAUGGCCGAGUCCGUCUCCAAGUUCGCCAACGAUGUCAUCUUGCCCAAAGUCCGCAGCAUGGACGAGAAUGAGAAGAUGGACCAAGACAUUAUCGAGCAGUGCUUUGAGCAGGGCCUCAUGGGCAUUGAAAUUCCCGAAGAGUUUGGUGGCGCUGGCAUGAAUUUUACUGCUGCCAUUGUCGGCAUUGAAGAGUUGGCGAGAGUGGAUCCCAGUGUGAGUGUUAUGGUUGAUGUGCAUAAUACUUUGGUCAACACUACGCUGCUCAAGUAUGGUACCAAUGAGAGCAAGCGCAAGUGGUUGCCUCAGUUGGCCACCAACACGGUUGGCUCCUUCUGUCUCUCCGAACCUAUCUCUGGCUCCGACGCCUUCGCCCUCAAGACCCGUGCCGAAAAGACGGCCGACGGCUACCGCAUCAACGGCUCCAAAAUGUGGAUCACAAACUCUCUAGAAGCAGGCUUCUUCAUCGUCUUUGCCAACCUCGACCCCUCAAAGGGCUACAAGGGCAUCACGGCCUUCAUCGUCGACAAGGACACCCCGGGCUUCAGCAUCGCCAAAAAGGAAAAGAAGCUCGGCAUCAAGGCCUCCUCCACCUGCGUCGUCAACUUUGACGACUGCGACAUNUCUAAGGGAAACUUGCUCGGUGAAGAAGGACAAGGCUACAAAUACGCCAUUGGCAUUCUCAAUGAAGGUCGCAUCGGUAUCGCCGCACAAAUGACUGGUCUGGCCAUGGGUGCCUUUUCCAACGCCGCCUCGUAUGUCUGGAACGACAGAAAGCAGUUUGGCACCCUCGUCGGCGAGUUCCAGGGCAUGCAGCACCAGCUCGCGCAAGCGUGGACGGAAAUCUGCGCCGCGCGCGCCAUGGUCUACAAUGCCGCGCGCAAAAAGGAGGCGGGCGAGGACUUUGUCAUGGAUGCCGCCAUGGCCAAACUGUACGCUUCUCAGGUUGCUGGCAAGGUGUCUGGACAGGCGAUAGAGUGGAUGGGCGGUAUGGGUUUCGUCAGAGAGGGGUUGGCGGAAAAGUACUGGCGAGACAGCAAGAUUGGUGCCAUUUAUGAGGGCACGAGCAACAUCCAGCUCACCACCAUUGCAAAGUUGUUGCAGAAGGAAUAUACCAAGUAA